GGACAUCCCUCCCUACUGGUUGAUCACCACGCGAUAGAGUGCGCGAGGAUGAGAGAUGGAGAGUCAGCGAGCGACUGAAGCUGCAGCAAUAACAGGAAACUCUUUGGCGUUUUGAACGCUGAUGCUCCCGGUAAGCAGCACAGCGGAUACCAGUGAGGGACAAGAAGAUAUAUAACACGACAGAAAAGUGACGUCAAGGGAACACUUUCUGACUGGCAGUUUUAAUCAAAAUCCGAAGCAGAAAGAAGGCUAUGGAUUCCCCUUCAGAUCGUUUCCACCAGCAGCCAUCUCAGAUGUGUCCCUUCGAAUUGUAUCGCAGCCUGCCAGAUUCCAACCCCACAAGCCACCGAUUUUCACCUGGCAGUCUUGCCUCCCAUCCCCUUUUCGGACCUCUCAUGCACCCCAGUAAUGCUUCCCAGAGGUGGGGUAGUUUACGUCAACGUCAGGGUUUGUUUCCUGGGCUGUUAGUAGAUGACGAUGUUGGUGAGGAGGAUGUUUUUGGGAAGAGGGAGUUUUCUGUUGGAGCCACCCCAUCUUCACAGUGCUGUGCUGGAGACAGGGGACAAGAUUCUGCUCGUGAGCCUGAAGACUGGAACCAAAAUUUUGCUGGAGUGAAAAGACUGAGGAUAAACUCAGCACUUAGAAAUGAAGAGGAGGUGGGUAGGAAGGGUAAAAAAGGGAGAAAAAAUGGAGCGUCAGUUAAAAUAGAUGAGAGAAAAGGAGCAGAACAAGGAAACCGGAGGGAAAGCAGGGAGGGCAGGAAGCGACAACGGCAAGAACUAAAGCUGCAGCUGGAGGAGACCAGAGGGAAACUUCUGGAACUUCAGCGGAAAGUAUGGAGAGUUUAUGGAGGGCAGACAGAUGAAGAGAAAGGAGGGGAGGAAGAACAAGAGGAUGAAGCGUUAAAUCUAGAUGAGGUAGCAGACAUGUUUUCUAACGAUGAUGAGGCUAUCAUCAGUGCUGGAUUUUCUCCCCCACACUGUUCAUCAAAGAAAAACAAUGAAAGCAAUCAGAAUGGGAAUCCUGGAAUAAUCCCAGAAGAGACCUCCAUGGACCUGGACCUGGAGUUAAAUGGUGAUCAAGUGUGGCUGGGCUGCAGUCUUGUUAGGGGUGAGUGGGAGAGCACAGAAGGCGGGCAGAAGUUUGCUCAAGCUCUAAAACAGGAACUAGCGAGUGUUGUUGCUCAGGUUAUUGAUAGGGUUGUUCGGCUCUAUGCUGAAACUGACCCCUCCUCAGUCACACCUGCCACUGUUUCCCUGGAAACCGGUGUGGCAAUGGAUCUCAAUUCAGGGAGGAGGCAGAGAUCCGACACAGUCGCUUGUGUGGUAGAGCAGGUGGAAGCUUUACCACUUAUCACAAAGAGUCCUCAAGACAAGAGGGCCCCUAUAGCUCAGAGCGGACAGAAGGACCUCCUCGUACCUCAAUCGAAUCCCAGUCUCGCACCCUUACACCAGCCCCCUCUCUCUGCACUUUUCCCCCCUCGGAGCAAAGACCACUUUCUGCCCUCCUAUUCCCCAGAUAACUCAGUACCCCUUCCCCUACUCCACUACACCAUGCAGAAUCUUUUUGCACGCUCUCUCUCCAGUUUACCACUUAAUAAAGACUGCCUGUCCGAACCAUUCAUGGACUUUCGUUCUCACAACUCUGUGUUCCCACCCCUUCCCCUGCUGGGUCAGCUAGACCCAUCUCUGCUGGAUAGGGCGAGGGAUGGAGGCAUGAGGGGAGGUGGAGCAGGGACGGUGGAUGGAGCAGAUGCAGCACUCUAUCUUGCUGCUGGGUCAUCUCAGGAAGGCCUGUCUCCAUGCCAUUUGAAAAAAGCCAAACUUAUGUUCUUUUACUCACGCUACCCAAGCUCCAGCACGCUCAAAACAUUUUUUCCUGAUGUGAAGUUCAAUCGAUGUGUCACUUCCCAGCUGAUUAAGUGGUUCAGUAACUUCCGCGAGUUCUUCUACAUCCAGAUGGAACGCUUUGCCCGGCAGGCAGCCAGAGAGGGGCUUGCAUCUGCCAGGGAAAGAGCAGUGCGCCUGGGCAGGGACUCUGAGCUUUACCGCAUUCUUAACAUGCACUACAAUAAGAGCAAUGAUUACCAGGUUCCAGAGAGGUUUGUGGAGGUUUCCGAAGUAGCCCUGAGGGAGUUUUACUCUGCCAUUCAGAGUGGUCGAGAUGCGGAUCCUUGCUGGAAGAAAGCCAUCUAUAAGAUAAUCAGUAAACUAGACAGCCCAGUGCCUGACAGCUUCCGCCUGCCUGGUUGUCCCACGGACACUUAUCGGAUGGGCUAAACAGAGCACAAAAGCAACCACUUACAAACAGCAUUAAGUGUGCACGGAUUGAUACAUGUGCACAGUUAAGUGAGAAGAGUGAGCUACUGCAAUUAGUGGAUGAAUAAGUCCAUUAAUAAAAAUGUCCAGAAGUGAGCUCUGAAGAUCGAGGACCCUGUGUAUGUGUUUUAUCAUUGAUGCUCAGAGCUAUUACUUGUUUAACCAUUAUACUACUCUCUAAUCCAGCAUCAUUCCAGUUAGUGCUGAGAAAUGCUCUAAAAAUAUGGAAAUAAGUUCUCAGUUUACUUGCUGUAACUUUAUUGAUCAUCAAUUUAUUGAGAAUAGCAGGCCUGGUUGGCUUUUGUUGAUAUUUUUGUAUUACUUGUUAUUCAAUAUAUAAUGUUGCUCUGUGGAACUUUGAUGACUGUGUGUGUAUUAAAUGUUUGCUGUAAGUCAAAACAUACUAAACUAAUGCGUUUUUUUAUUACAGUAUACAAUGUAUUUUAUCGUC